CUCAAGUAUAUACACUGACUUUCGGCAACUUUUCGUUAGAGCUUGAAGACCGGUUUCGCCUUCCGCAUCCUUUUUAACGCAUAGCGUCAAAGAACAUGCAGUUUGUGGAUUUUAGCAUGUGCAUAAUCUCUACAACACAAAUCUUUCCAGAUGAUACAUGACCAUAGUUCUGAUGAGCAUCUUGCUCUAACAGGGACUUCAUGCAGAGAGGUGCAGUCCCAAGGCGAUACCAUCGCUAGCAACCGGAUCUUACUUUCUCCUUUCGCAAAGCAAUGGACGGAUAUCUACGACGAUGCUAUGAUUCCAAAGGAUGACUUCCCGUAUGUUGAAGACCUUCGACGUUUUUCGUUAGAGCCGGAGCGUGGUUGCGUUGAGCUUUUUGUGCGCCCUUAUGAUGACGACUUCAUUUCACCAUCCUUGAAGACCAUCAUUCGUCUCUACGGAAGUGUCAAGAAGACCGAUCUCGAAAUGCAGACCAAAGCAACUAUCUGGCUGGACGACCGGACCUAUAGUGCAUACAUCCAUCCCAAUACAUUUGUGUCACCCCUUACCCACGGUCAUCAGAACCACAAGUCAAUGCCGAGUCCAAACUUGGUCGAAUCGGACAAUCAAUCUCAAGGAAACAGUGACCGUAACUACACUACAAACUCCAUCCCAAGCGUUGCAGAAGAUCCCUAUACACAAAGCGCUUCAGCCCGGUACUCCCCUACUUCGAGACGUCCCAAGGUACCAUUGACAGCGAAGAUGUUGUACACAUUUCUCCGCGAAGAGCGGUUCAACGCCAAACGCAUGCCCGAUUCUGAUCGAAGACUCAUAUUUAUACUGAACCCGGACGGUUAUGACUUUGCAGCACUUACAGAGACAGCGCCGAAGCACCAACACGAAGCUCUCAAGGACGCCAUAGCUAAAUAUCUUGGUUUCCGUCCCUUGAUGGAAAUUCGUCUUUACACCGAAGGAAAGGCUUCCUAUCAAUUCAACUUCCAUUUGCCCUUCUUCGCCAUGCGUACAGAUGCCAAUUACGCAAAGCGAACGAACAUCAAGCCGCGUCGAAACUGGAUAAACUUGUCAUUCGUGUCUAAGGUCCUACCCGAAGCGAUUGAAGCCGGCGAUCUGGGCCUUUACCCUGCGCAAAUCUCAUUCACGAUAUGUGGUACCAGCGUCAAGCAGUAUGUCGCUUACGGUUUUGAAGACGCGGAAUUUGAUGCGGACCGGGAAUUUGGGGAAGACGAGUUCUCACUCAACGAUAUGCACCCUGAUCAGAUGACUAAAGGAAAAGAGAAUGCGAACUGUCCAGUUUGGAACCCACGACAGUAUUUUUUGGUGACUCUAAAGCACCGCAUCCGGCAAGUACGCGAAGAAUGGGAACAAGUGGUAGUGACAUUGCAGGACGCUUUGAGCGGCCGGAAAUCUCAUUCUUUGAGAUGGUAUCAUCGAAUGCUCGACCUUCUUCACAUUCUGUUGCCUGUUCUUGACGACACAGUGGGAAUUUGGAGAAACUUCAUCGCGGACAACGGGGACAUUGGCUACUUCUCCAAUUCUGCUGCGGAACCGUGCGACCCUUAUGUUCGAAACACUCUUCACAUCAUUCAUCAGGAGUUUGGACUUCUUGAGAGGCUCAACCAGGAUCUGCUACGUAUUCAAACUCGUUGUGAGAAGGAACAAACCUCUACAGGGGCUCGAACAAUGGAGCAGAGCAAUUACUCCACUAUGCUCAUGCUCCAAUACAUUGGGCCCCUCAGCCUUGUGAUGUCUUUCUUCACUAUCGACGAACCCUUUGUGGAGGUUGAGCGCAGCCUGGCUUCCUUCGUUGGUUUUAAUUUGCUCCUGAUAUUGUUGGUUCGUCUAGUACGAUUCGUUGUGGAAGGACAAAUGUACCGACCUCAAUGGUGCGACACUAUCGCCAUAAGGGCUGAGCGGCUAUGGCAGGAUGAUCGAGACAUCAUUAAGAAGACCGUAGCGGGUGGUGCCGUCUUGCAGCGGAGGCCAACACAUGAGUGGCAUAAGAAGACAGACUAGGUCGUUAAAUCAACGACUAUAGGCUUAUCUAAGAGCCUUAAGGAUUGGUAGAGUUUGGCAAUAUUCUUGUGAAGUACGGCUGUAGGGACAAGUCCAAGCUAAGAUGGGCGAAGGAAAAUACAUCCUGGUGCUAUUGGACAAAGAAUGAUGACAGCACUUACCCCGCCCAAAACAUGAUUUACACGAGAAGGCGGAUGGUGGAGCGAAUCAGUAUUCUGCCCCACGAUACGUGCGCCU